GAAAGGUCUUUGAACUUUGUCACCCAUCUCAGAUAUCCCGGACAGGGACGUCGUUAUGAAAUAACGACCAAACAGAGAGUUAUUUUACCUAGAAAACACAUAAUUUUCCAUGGCUUGGCCGUGGGAUGGGCUCUAGAUAUUCCAGAGACGCCAGGAGACCGACACCGAUGGAAGAAGACCCCGAGGUUCUCGCAGGGACAAGCCGGGAGACUGGGGAGGUGGCAGAAGGGGAACUGGGGGCUGAGGGGGAGGGGGUUGGCUCAGGGCCGGACUCCGGAGACGACUCAGAUUCUGGAGAUUUUGAUCUCGCACAAGUCCUGGCUCUAUUGCUGAGGAGGUGCAAGUGGUGUAACUGUCUAGCACGUUGUCGUUGUGUUUCCAGUGGGCAGGUACGACUUAUCCAGACGCGAGGUUCAGGUAUAGCUCUCCUUCGCUCUUCCGACAGUGACGAAGACGACCCCACCUCGUGUUCCGAGGCAUGCUGCCCCGAAGGUGACAGCCAGCCUGAUACAAAGACCUUAGAUGACAGUGACUUCAAACAGGAGGUGUUGUUAGCUACAGCAAGGGCACAGAACUUCAGGCAACCACAAGCAUGUAUCACUCGGAUGUUGAAACAGAGAGAAGUUGGUCUUCCCAAGAGGUGUGAUGGCUUCACCAGUGGACAGUGCUCAUGGAUUGGGUCCAGUUUUGUGCCCAACUCCAUGCAGACCAUGGCUCAGUAUAGACACAAGGCAUUCUGUGGACAGUACUCACUGGAUGGUUCGGUCUUCCUUUCUGCUUGCCAAGAUCAGAAUAUCAGGUUAUACAAUGUAGGCAAUGGGAAGUUCCAGGAGUUCCGAACAAUCCGGGCGAGAGACGUGGGUUGGAGCGUCCUGGACACAGCCUUCAGUCCUGAUGGCUGCUACCUGAUCUACUCUAGCUGGUCUGAUGCCAUCCACCUAUGCAACAUCUAUGGAGAUUACGAGACUCACAUAGCCCUGGACUUGAAUCCCAGUGAGCGGCGGUUCUGUAUCUUCUCCCUAACGUUCUCCAGUGACAAUAAGGAAGUACUCGGGGGGGCCAACGAUGGAUGUUUGUACAUCUAUGACAGAGAGAGGAAUGAACGAACAUUACGGAUUGAGAGCCAUGAAGACGAUGUGAAUGCCGUGGCGUACGCAGACGACAGCUCACAGAUCCUGUACUCCGGGGGCGAUGACGGGCUGUGUCGUGUGUGGGACAGGAGAAUGUUGAGCGAGAACAGCCCCAACGCCGUUGGGACGCUGGCAGGGCACUCCGACGGGAUCACGUUUAUCGACUCCAAGGCGGAUGCUCGACAUCUGAUCUCCAACUCCAAGGACCAGACCAUCAAACUGUGGGACAUCAGGAAGUUCUCCCCUCCAGAGGGGUUGGAGGCUUCUAGAAGAGCAGUGGCUAAUCAGAACUGGGACUACAGGUGGCAACCUGUGCCAAAAAGAGUUCGAACAAGCAGUGCCAGGCUGGCCGGUGACACCUCCCUGAUGACCUACAGGGGGCACGGUGUCCUGCACACCUUGGUCAGGUGUCGCUUCUCACCUGUACACACUACGGGACAGAGGUUCAUUUACAGUGGCUGCUCAACAGGGAGUGUUGUUGUGUAUGAUGUUCUGACUGGGCAGAUAGUGGAGAAGCUGAGGGGACAUAAGGCCUGUGUGAGGGACGUGUCCUGGCAUCCGUAUGAACCCAAAAUCAUGAGCACAGGGUGGGAUGGUAUAGUUGGGCUGUGGGAAAGGAGAUCUGACGAUUAUCAAGACUCUGAUUGUGACUCCGAUGUCUUCGUGGGAUGGUGUACUCGGGCUCUGGGAGUGGAGACGCAGGAUCCAUGACCCCCUGGACGACUCGGACUCUGAUGAACUGUGGGAAGAUGAGGAGGAUGACAGGAAGCGGAGGAAGAGGUCACCUUGGAAGGACGGCAAACGUCACGCCUUCUCCAACCAUCCAUCUGGUAUCGGGGAGGCUGUGUGGUGAUUUUGAUUUGUUUUCUUUUGCACAAUUUCUUCUGGAUUAUACAAACUAGCACCUGACGAUUGACUUGUUACCAUUUUGUAUCGUAUUGUAUUGCAUCUCUCUCCCUCUCUGAGGGCAAAUUUUUCUGGUAGAAAUUUUCAGCCUUCUUUUGAUUCAAGAGUUCAAAUGAUGAAAGAUUAUCACCACCGUUGUUUUCAGUUAGGUACAUGUAGUUCUACAUAGUAUAUUGUGUACAUUGUAUGUAAUGUAUGUAUAUCAGUGAUAACAAUUUCACCUCUGAGUGUAGUGUCUUCUCUGUAAAAACACAACACAUGUAGCUCAGGUGUGUACAGAACUACAGCCUUAACUAUGCAAGUACAAUGUCUACAUGUAUUUGUGUUUGAUUUAAGAAAUCAUUUUGAAUUGAUAUUUCUCUUGAUGUGCACAUUUUUAAAGUUAUAAUAUUCUUCAAAUUAUAAAAAUGUACUAUCAUAAUUAUGAAUUGACAUAACUACCAUUGCAGUAUAACAAAUAUUUGUGUACUUUGUGAUUGAAAAAGAUUUUAUGUGUUGUUUUCUUGCAAAGGACUUGUAUAGACUUCAGGAGGACUUUGUGAAAAAAUGGGUCUUAGAAAACCACAUUGUAAAACUGAUAUACAUGUAUCUGAUGGUUACAGGAGUUAAGGCAGGGAAUUAGGGCCCUUCCUUUAUGAGUAUUGGUGGAAUUUUGGUUUGCUAGAAAUUCUACAUACAGAAAAACAAUCUGUACAAUUGAUUCCAACUUUUUUGAUAGUGAUUUGAUAAGCCAGUCAGGCAAGCACAGAGAUGGAGAAAGUAGCAUGUACAAUUAUUAGCAAAGUACCUUAAAUUCUGACAAAGGUAAAACAAGCAUAGAAAGUCAAGUGUGGUACUUGAGGUGAGGGAAUGUGUUUAAGGAUACCAAUGGAUGUAAACUUGAGGGCAACAUUGGGUAAUGGGUUGACAUGUAUGAGCGUGUGUACGGUGGUUGGUAAUGAUGUAAGUAUGGACAGGAGAUGUAGUAUUGUGAUGUUAGGAGCUGGUCAGUGAAUAUACAGGGAUCUCAGUGUAGUUGAAGUAGAAAACAGAUGGUGUUCCUCUGUGAUUAUCCACCAUUGACUUGCAUGUAGUGGGAAUUUUUCUCAAGAUACAGAAUCAGACAGUAAACUGAAUCAAUUUCCUUUGAUCUCAAAAGUUGAAGAGAUAAAUUUAUUGUGACAAAUAUUGGAAAGCAACUUUAUGGAAUGGGUUUCCGUCCUUUGUUUUGAUAUAGUGAAAUUGUAACUGCAGCUUAAUUUAAGUUAAUAUUUUAAAGAAUUGGGCAUAAUGAUGGAGUGACUGGAUUCUUGUGGUGGGAUUUUGAAGUUUGGCUUCCAUGUACAGUAUAUGACUUCUGAUAUGGAAAGAAUUUGGAAUCAUCAUUAAGUAAUAAGCACUUCUGUAUCCAGAAUUGCAUUGUUUGGGCAGUGAAUCCAACUGCAUGUAGACUGAUACCAGUCAUUGGUCUGUAUUGUGUGCUCUUGACAAAAACUGUAAAUAGCUUUGAAUGUACAUAUUGCUGUAUGUUACUCUGUACAUCUCAGACUUUGUACUCCAGAAGGAUAUACAUUGUACUGUAUUUUGUACAGUUCUUGUAAUGGCUGCAGGACUGACUAUUGUAUGAAUAAAAGACACAAAUUGAAGUGU